GACCAGAAAGCAUUGAUUUCGCGACAAAAUCCCUCAAAAAGUAAAAAAAAUUCACAAAAAAUUCAACGGAAAAUCCCAAAAAAUAAAUUAUUUCAUCCCGAGAAUGUUCUAAGUGUUCCUCGGAUUUUCCGAAAAAUUCACUUUUUCAUAGAGAAAAGUUCUUUGUUUUGAUUUUCAUCAGACUCCAUCAACAAACGGUGUAUCGAUAGGCGUGUACGAGUCAUACGCGCAGUUCAAAAAAAAAAAAAAAUAAACAACAACAAACGCAAAAAAAAUAAAAAUUUUACAGAACUUCCUUUGUUCGUAUCGCCUGAAAAUCCGAAGAAAUUCAAGUAAAAAAGAAUUUUUCGCAGUUUAACGGAGAAAUUCGGAGAGAAAGGAAGGAAUUUCAUUCAGAAAUUGAGGAAAAAAAUUCAACUCUCAACUUAGUCGAGAUAUUUUUACGACGCAAUUCAACGAUUAGCGAUACGUGUGUGCGUUCGUAGCAAUUUUACGAGCUUUUGUUCCUCAUAUUUUACCUCAGACGCGUAAAAUACACACGAGAGCGAAGCCAAAAGCAUCAAGGCACAAGCAAAGAUGUCCAACACACCCCCAAUUAUCGUCAGCAGAUCCGGCAAAGGCUCUCUCGCGGAUUUAAUUGGAGAAUCAUGGAUUGAAGUUCGACCGGAAGCCACAAGCACAAUCCCAAAGUCGCCAGAUCGCGUAACGCCUCUUCCAUUUUCCGCGGGUCCAUAUUCCAAUGGAGAGUUUAUAAGACUGCUGGGCGAGGCACAAAAGGAAUCCAAUCAGUCGAGCAGAGUUGUGUCGCUUUGCAACUCGAGACGUGACUCGCCAAAAGGAAGCCCAAAAUCCCCACCAAACAGCCCAAACAAUGAAUUAUGCAGCGAAGAUGCGUUCAAAGGGAUUUACAUCAACUAUUCAAGCAAGGAAGGAGAUCUCGGCAGUUCAAGCGGCGAUACCGGAGACUGGGUAUGGGAUUGGAGCUCUCGUCCCGAUCAAAAUCCACCAAAAGACUGGAAAUUCGAGCAUCCCAAACAGCGUGACAACAAACCCGGUUACUCGAUCCGCUUAGCUCGCGUCGGCAAAAAUUCCUUAUUUUCGCGCGAAGUGAUCUACUCGUUGCUCCUCACGAACGUGAUAUCGGCAAUUUUGGGCGUCGGCAUCGGCGUUUGGCUCACACGGAAAGGAUAUGUGUUGACACGUCUUGCUGCUGAGUAAAUUUCCGCCCGCUCGCCAUUCAGGAAAGAAGUUUCAAGAAAUGAAAAUUCAUCAUAAUCAAGAAAUUAUGACUAAACUUUUUUUAUAUCAUAAAUAUUAUAAUAUUAAAAGCUAAAAUAAAUAAAAAAAAAUAUUGAAAUAUUUUAAGAUAAAAGCAAAAUAGGUCAAAAAUGGACUCAGGAAGGGAAAUAUUUUUGUAAAUGGCAAAAAUACAAAAAAAAAAAAAAAUAAAUGUUUUUUUUUGUUAGUUGAGUUCCAUUUGAUUUUUUGUUUGCAAUUAUUUAAGGUUUUAA